AUGGAUCAAGAAGAAAUGCCCAUUUUCCAUUUUAAAGGAACUUAUACUAAAGUUAUUAGAAACUUAUUUGAUUCUCUUGCUAAAUUUACUCAAUCAGCUUCAUAAACAGAUUUCCACGUUUUAGUAAAUAAUCAUCAUGGACUGCUCUUUAUCACCAAAGCUAAAGGAAAUAUUACUUCCAAUAUUAUUUAAUUGGCCCCCGAUUUCUUCAACUAAAAAAGAGAAUUUAAUGAGAGGAUGUCAAACACUCCUUCAGGAUUUGUAAUGAAAAUAGAUUUAAAGGAUUUCGACUAAUCUUACAAGCUUUUAGACAGUGAAAAAGCAAUAGAAAUAAAAUAUUUUUCUGACAAAGCUAAGCUCUAUAUCAUUUAAAGUAAAGACUACGAUGCCUAGAAUCCAAUGACUGUUUCUAAAGUUAUAAGAUUAAACACUCUCGAUGAUACACAAGAAAAUUUGAAUUCUAUAUCUAAUUCAUUUCUACCAAAAGAUUCAUUCCCAAUAGUGCUUGAAUUUAUAAGUGGUAGUAUGUUUAAAUUAGUUGAAAAGGCUUUUACAAAUCUAAAACUUGAGUACUUAGUUUUUGAUUUUGAUUUUACAGGAGAAGAAAAGAAACUAAAUAUAGAAAAUGAUAACACAUAAGGUGAUGAAUUAUUUAGAAUAUGUUUAAAUAAAUUCAAAAAAAUAAAAGGUGAAUCAAGACAAUACACCUUCAGGUACAGAACAAAGUUGAUUCAUCCUGCUUUUUCAUUCUUGACAAAAGACACUGAAAUUGAAAUGAAGAUUGAUUUAUAAGGAAAUCUUUUCCUCUUAUCUAGAGACGAGGAAAGUAAAAUUUAUACAGAGACAGCAAUACCUAAAGUAAUUGAUUGA